AGCAUUUUCUGUCCGCAACUUAUUAGUCCUCUUCUUCCCUGUCCCCAACCCCAAGGCAAGCUUCACUUUCUUUCGUCAUUUUAUUGUCUGAAUAAUUUCACGCGUCGUAGUGUCGGUUUGAUUGCCGUUUCUUGCUUAUACCCGGACGCUCGCAUACGAUGCUCUGAUGCCUUUAAAUGCUAUGCUGGAGCAAAUCACUUGUUGAUGAACAGCAAUGGACAAGAAAAAUGUUCCUUUUAAUGUGGGCCAACUUGUGGAGUCGAGAUCUUUCGUACCAGGUUAUCGUGGUGCAUGGUUCCGUUGCAAGAUAAGGGAUAUUCAUCGGAGAAAAAAUGGGCUCGGAAUUGACUUGGAAUAUUUUGACUUUCCAGAUGAGAAAGUACGAUGGACAAAGUUAUAUCAAAAGCACCCAGCUUCUGGUAGUAAGAUGGACUCAAAAAGGCAGUUGAUGGCACGUCCUCACUUCCCUCCUGUUUAUCAAGAAAGUCUGAAACCUGACAUCAGUACAAUCUCAGAAGUGGUAGUUAUUGUCAAUGAUGUUUGGAAGGUAGGGGAUCUGGUGGAUUGGUUUUCUGAUGGGUGCUUUUGGUCUGGAAGAAUUACUGAAAUGUUGGGGUCAGAGAAGUUUCAGAUUGAAUUGCUGCCGCCUCCUUAUGGUGAAGGGUUACCUUAUGAAGUAUCAUCCAAGGAUUUGCGCCCAUCGUUAGAAUGGUCUCCAGAGCAUGGUUGGACAGUUCCUCUUCCUCUGGUAGCUUCUCCUCAUUCCGAUGGAAAUGAACCUCGUCAUUAUUGCGCUCGGCUAAUCAGGCCAGUUGAUACAGAGGAUGCUGCAAACUUGAUGGUUGAUGUUGGGGGUGAAGGGAGGAGGGGUGGUCGGGAAGCAGCUGGAGCGUCCCUUGAGAAAAGUGUUUCUCUAUCUUCUCAUGCUUCAGAGAGCUCAUUACCUGCAAGUAAGUCAAGACUAACCCGAAAGAGGUUUUUGAGUGUUACUGCGACUGGGGAGCAAUCCAUGCCAGGGACGACUUCAAAAUUUGACAAGGCAGAUAAUGAACUUGAAAGGGCCAGUUGCUCAGAUAACAUUUCAAGUUCACAUGUUCCAGUGGCAUGUAUUGAAACAGCAGGAACUGGCACUGUGAAAGACAGUUCUGAUUGGAAAGUUGGAGGGAUUUCCAUAGAUUCCAUGUAUUGUGAAACAAUAGAGGAUGCUCUUUCGGGUUUGGAGGAACUUGUAAACCGGGUUAAAUGGACCAAGGGUCUGUUACAGUCUGGAAUGUCUUCGUCAAAAAAUGUGUCAUGGAAAUUUGUGGAACAUCUUGCCUGAAAAAAUAUAGCUCACAACGUUGGCAUCUU